UUGGUAAGAAAAACUUGUUGCAAAUUAUCUGAGAAAUCAACCUCCGGCACAACUCAAGAGAGAUGGAGCACACCGAGGUGGUGAAGCCAGAAACUCUGGAUGACCUGAUAAAAAUCCUGCAUAAGAUCUUCGAGAGUGACUGCAUCAAUGUUGAGGAGGUCCAGCAAAUAAUGGAAUCAUAUGAGAGCAAUCCUCAGGAAUGGAUGAAAUUUGCGAAGUUUGACCAGUACAGGUACACAAGGAACUUGGUCGAUGAGGGCAAUGGGAAGUUCAAUCUCAUUGUUCUGUGCUGGGGUGAAGGCCAUGGCAGUAGCAUCCAUGACCACACAGACUCCCACUGUUUCAUGAAGCUGCUGCAGGGUCAGCUGAAGGAGACACUGUUUGAGUGGCCGGACAGUAAAUCUCACGGAGAUAUGGUUCAGAAGUCACAGAGAAUUCUCCAGGAAAACAAGGUUGCUUACAUCAAUGACUCCAUUGGCCUGCAUCGUGUGGAGAAUGUGAGCCACACAGAGAGUGCCGUCAGCUUGCACCUCUACAGUCCCCCUUUCCAGACCUGCCAGACCUUUGACCAGCGGACGGGCCACAGGAACACUGUCAAGAUGACAUUCUGGAGCAAAUUUGGAGAUAGAACUCCAUUUGAGACCGCCAGUUCCCAAGAAAACAACUGAUGGCCACCAAAGGUGUUUCCGGAUGAUGAUGACAGUUGCUUUUGAAAUGACAAUGUUGUGAAAUUGAUUCAAGGGAAACUGCUGGGGAAGCAAAUUGUGGACCUACUAUGACUAGGCAACCUAUUUAAAAAAUCAGGACCAGGCCAGUUCAAAAGGACACCCCAGUAAUUAGAAUGGCUUUAUCACUGCCCAGUGUGAGUUUGGCAAAUACUGAUGAGCACAGGACGAAUGCAUGAAUAGGCUUGGACGUGGAUUGAAUCUGCCUUUUGUUUGCUGGGCCUGAGGAGACCCUUUUCCAAUAACAACAUUCCUGUCUAUCCAUGACCUGUGUAACCACAUUUUGUAAAGUUAUGGCCUAUAGUCAAAGGGGAGCGCUUAAGCAUUUCAAAAAGGGGAAGAUCUUGAUGUUAAGUUUCUCUUACAUUUUAUAUCUCACAAAAAGGAAAACAGUUCUGCAGUCAACAGUUUCAAUCUCAUUGGAGCACUUUUAUAGCUGUAUUUACUGUCGGUUCAUACCACUCAAAAUAGUCUUAACACCUGUUGAAAAUUGUGAUGAAAUGUAACAUUGUUUGUACAGUCUAAUUAAAAAAAAAAGAGUUUGUUCAAUUUGCAUUCGGAAAAAGAAAUGUAAAGCUUUAGAGUUGUGUUGUUUUUAAAAGUGUGAUGCGUGUAAUUUAUUUACAGAGUAUUCUGUUCAUGGAAGGAGUGUUAAAAUCAACAAGUUACCAUGUUACUCCUUAAUGUAUUCAUACUCAAGUUUUGACCAAGAGAGUUUUAGGUAGGGACUAUUUUGUAUUAUUGGCAGAUAAUAUGUUUAGAUGAAACUCAUACUUUUUCUCAGGAUUUUGGCAAAUUUUGAUUGUAGCCGUAUUUAUACAGUGUGUAGCUGUAUAGCAUAGUACCUCUCAUAGCACUGUCAAAUGCAUGCCUGCUCUCUAUGAUGCAGUAAAUGAUAAAUCUGGCCAUAACUGUAGACCAUUAAACAUGAUUACUCUUUCACAGAA